GCCGGGGCCGGGGCCGGGGCCGGUGCGGCGGACGCGGCGAUGGGGCUGGCGGGGCCGCCCCGCUCCUGCCUCCUGCUGGCGGCCGCGCUGCUGCCGCUGCUGCCGCCCGGGGCCGCCCCGGGCCCCGCCGCGCCGCCCGCGCUCACCGACGCCGAGAUCGAAGCGUUUCUGCGGGGGUUCCUCGGUCCCGGGGAGCGCGGCGACGGCGACGGCGACGGGGAGGGCACCGACCUGCGCUUCGGCACCGACCUGGGCACCGGCACCGGCACCGACCUGGGCACCGGCACCGGCACCGGCACCGGCUCCCCGGGGUGGCUGACGGAGCCUGAGAAACCCAAGAAGGGGAAGAAGGAAAAACCUCCCAAACCCACCAAGAAGCCCAAGGAGAGACCCCGGGGCUCCAAGAAGGACAAGGACCGGGACCAGGACCGGGACCGGGACCGGGACCGGGACAGGGACAGGGGCAAGAACAAGGACAGGGGCAAGGACAAGGACAAGCCCCCCAAGAAGCCCAAGGAGAAGCCCCCCAAAGGCUCCGAAAAACCCCCAAAAGGCUCCAAAAAGUCCAAAGAGAAGCCACCCAAGGCCACCAAAAAACCCUCUGGCAAGAAGCCAGAGCCACCAACCACCCCCCCGGAGCCCCCCACCACCCCGCAGCCUCCACGGGGCAAGGAUGACACAGGGACACCCUGGUUCCCGGAGCAGCCUUCACCCUACGAGGAGGAAGAGGAGGAUGGAGGUGGCCGAGGGGAGUUGGAGGAGCCACCAAGGGAGCCCUGGGAGCUGGGCCGGGAGGACUAUCGCCCCGAGCCCGAGCCUGAGGUGCCCGAGGAGCCGGAGCCACCGACGCUGGACUACAACGAGCAGCUGGAGCGGGAGGACUAUGAGGACUUCGAGUACAUCCGGCGGCAGCAGAAACCCCGCAAGCCCCCGAGGAGGAAGAAACCCGAGAGAGUCUGGCCCCAGCCCAAGGAGCCACUGAAGCCGGAGGAGCCACCCCCACAGCCACCCCCACUGCCCAUCCCGGUGACCGAAGGGGACUAUGAGGAGGGCUUCGAGCGACCCGACUACGAUGACUUGGCAUACGGGCUGCCCCCCCCGCCAAAGCCCAGGAAACACCCAGACAAAGGGGAUGAGAUGGAGACGGACGAGGAGAAACUCAAACCCUGGAAGCCCAAGAAAGGCAGCAGCAGCAAGGAGGAGGAGGAGGACCCUUGGGCAGAGGACAAGGGCCGGGACCGCAAAGGAAAACCCAAAAAAACAGGGGGGAAGAAGUGGGAGCCGGAUGAGGACGAAUGGACCCCUCCAGAGGAGAAGACAAGAUGCCCCCCCAUCGGUCUGGAGUCCCACCGCAUCGAGGACGACCAGAUCCUGGCCUCCUCCAUGCUGCGCCACGGGCUGGGCGCCCAGCGUGGUCGCCUCAAUAUGCAGGCAGGCACCAACGAGGAUGAUUUCUUUGACGGGGCUUGGUGUGCCGAGGACGACAGCCGGGCACACUGGAUCGAGGUGGACACCCGCCGCACCACCAAGUUCACCGGCGUCAUCACCCAGGGCCGUGACUCCCAGAUCCACGAGGACUUUGUCACCAGCUUCUAUGUAGGCUUCAGCAACGACAGCCAGAACUGGGUGAUGUACACCAACGGCUACGAGGAGAUGAUGUUUUAUGGCAACGUGGACAAGGACACGCCGGUGCUGACCGAGUUCCCCGAGCCCAUGGUGGCCCGUUACAUCCGCAUCUACCCCCAGACGUGGAACGGCAGCCUCUGCCUGCGCCUCGAGGUCCUGGGCUGCCCUCUCUCCACUGUCAGCAGCUACUACGCCCAACAGAACGAGGUGACCUCCACCGACAACCUGGACUUCCGCCACCAUACCUACAAGGACAUGAGGCAGCUGAUGAAGGUGGUGAACGAGGAGUGUCCCACCAUCACCCGCAUCUACAACAUCGGCAAGAGCUCGCGGGGCCUGAAGAUCUACGCCAUGGAGAUCUCCGACAACCCGGGCGAGCACGAGACGGGCGAGCCCGAGUUCAGGUACACAGCGGGGCUGCACGGGAAUGAGGUGCUGGGCCGGGAGCUGCUGCUCCUGCUGAUGCAGUUCCUGUGCAAGGAGUACCAGGACGGCAACCCCCGGGUGCGGAGCCUGGUGACCGAAACCCGCAUCCACCUCGUGCCCUCCCUCAACCCCGAUGGCUAUGAGCUGGCCCGAGAGGCGGGCUCUGAGCUGGGCAACUGGGCGCUGGGCCACUGGACGGAGGAGGGCUACGACCUCUUUGAGAACUUCCCUGACUUGGCUUCAGCACUGUGGGCGGCUGAGGAGAGGAAGCUGGUGCCCCACAAGUUCCCCAACCACCAUAUCCCCAUCCCAGAGCACUACCUGACUGAGGAUGCCACGGUGGCAGUGGAGACGCGGGCCAUCAUGGCGUGGAUGGACAAGAACCCCUUCGUGCUGGGAGCCAACCUGCAGGGUGGGGAGAAGCUGGUGUCCUACCCCUUCGACACGGCCCGGCCCGUCAGUGAGACACCGGCGGCUGCCGCUCGCCCGCCAGAUGACUAUGAGGACGAUGACCCUGAGCUGCAGGAGACGCCCGACCACGCCAUCUUCCGCUGGCUCGCCAUCUCCUACGCCUCAGCCCACCUCACCAUGACUGAGACCUUCCGCGGGGGCUGCCACACACAGGACAUGACCAACGCCAUGGGCAUCGUGCAAGGGGCCAAGUGGCACCCCCGGACUGGCAGCCUGAAUGACUUCAGCUACCUGCACACCAACUGCCUGGAGCUCUCCAUCUACCUGGGCUGCGACAAGUUCCCCCAUGAGAGCGAGCUGCAGCAGGAGUGGGAAAACAACAAAGAGUCGCUGCUUACCUUCAUGGAGCAGGUCCAUCGGGGCAUCAAGGGCUUGGUGACGGACCAGCAGGGAGAACCCAUCGCCAACGCCACCAUCGUCGUGGGGGGCAUCAACCACAACAUCAAGACAGCCAGCGGCGGGGACUAUUGGCGCAUCCUGAACCCGGGCGAGUACCGUGUCUUGGCUCGGGCUGAGGGCUACAACCCCAGCGUCAAGACCUGCAGCGUCUUCUAUGACAUUGGGGCCACCCAGUGCAACUUCGUCCUGUCGCGCUCCAACUGGAAACGCAUCCGGGAGAUCAUGGCCAUGAACGGGAACCGACCCAUCCGCCGCAUUGUGCCCGGCCGCCCCAUGACGCCCCGCGAACGCAUGCGCCUGCGUAUGCGCCUCCGGCACCGCAUGCGGCUCCGGCAGCAGAUGAGGCUGCGACGUCUCAAUGCCACCACAACCGCCAGCAGCCCCACGGCCCCGCCGCCCACCACAGCCCUGCCCUUCCCCUUCAGCAGCACUGCUUAUGCGCCCUGGAGCCAAGAGCCACCCACAGCUGGCACCUGGGAGAUGGAGACCGAAACAGAGGUGGUCACCGAGCUGGUGACGGAGACAGAGGCCUGGGAGCUGGGCACGGGGACGGCCCAGCCCUUCACUACGGCCGAGACCUACACCGUGAACUUUGGUGACUAGGAGAUGCUUGUCCCCUCGCUCCUGCCUCAAGCCAAGGCCGGACGCUCACGGCCGGUUUGGUUCCGCCUGCCACAGGCUCCGGCAUCCGCUUCUAAAGUCUUCCUCGAGCUCCAGGCAGCCCGCUCCGGGUGGGCUCCAGCUCCUCACCCGCGCUGCUUCCUAGGACUGCAGGGCACGCCAUGCUGAUGCUCGCCCCAAAGGCUGGGCGGCUGCAGAGCCUCCCCCUUGCCGGGCUCCAGAGCCAGGCGGGAAAGGACGUGCUGCCCCAUCCCUCGGGGCUGGGCAGUGCCAGCCCUUGCCUGGCAAGGGAGGGGGUGAAGCAGGACCCAGCCCUCGCCCCAUCCCCAUCUCCUGGCACAGCGGGGUUGGCAGGGGUGGUCCCGCUCUCCAGGGCAGGGCCCACACGGAGGUAGGCGCAGCCCCUGUCCCCUCCACACAGUUUUUUAUUACACAAAUAAAUCAAGUUAUAUUGGUA